AUGAAGCUUUUCAACCACCGAUACCUGGGCCUUCGUGGCACCAAGCUAAAUAUUGCGAUUGGCUUUAUUGCCGGCAUGGAUUUCCUACUCUUUGGGUACGAUCAAGGCGUGAUGGGUGGCCUCCUCACGUUGCCUGCAUUUACCAAAAUUUUCCCCGAGAUUGAUACCACUGCAGCUGGUACGGCCGGUCUUACUGCCAGUCAGAAAGAUCACAGAUCGACCAUUCAAGGCAUCUCUGUCGCGUCCUACAAUGUUGGCUGCUUCUUUGGCGCUAUCAGUUGCAUAUGGAUUGGAGAUUGGCUCGGUCGACGUAAAACAAUUUUCCUCGGCUCCGCGAUCAUGAUCAUUGGCGCUACUCUUCAGGCAUCGGCCUUCAGUCUGCCACACUUCAUCGUUGGCCGUUUGGUGACCGGCAUUGGCAACGGACUGAACACUAGCACGGUGCCCACGUGGCAAUCAGAAUGCUCAAAAUCGCAUCGAAGAGGUCAAAUGGUUAUGGUUGAAGGCGCCUUGAUCACUGGAGGUAUCAUGAUCAGCUACUGGAUCGAUUUCGGGUUCUCGUUUAUCGAUUCGGAAGUGGCAUGGCGUUUCCCUAUUGCCUUCCAGAUCUUCUUCGCUUUGGUAAUCCUUAUGUUCAUUCUCGAACUUCCCGAGUCACCGAGAUGGCUGAUCUUCAGGGGACAUGAAGAGGAGGCGUUGGAGGUCCUUGCAGCCCUGUCCGAUAAGUCUACCGAAGACAAGAGAGUUCUUUCCGAGUUUGCAGCCAUCAAAGACACGGUUCUCGAAGCGCAAAGUACAACAUUCAAGGAUCUCUUCACCAUGGACGAAGAUCGCCAUUUUCAUCGUGUCGCACUUGCCUAUAUCAAUCAAGUGUUCCAGCAAAUUUCGGGCAUCAAUCUUAUCACUUACUAUGCUGCCACGAUAUACGAAAACGAAAUUGGAUUGACGCCAUUCAUAUCUCGCAUUCUGGCCGCCUGUAACGGCACAGAGUACUUCCUAGCGUCCUGGAUUGCUGUGUUUAUUAUCGAAAAAGUCGGACGUCGUAAGCUCAUGCUCUUUGGCGCAGCAGGAAUGUCAGCAUCCAUGGUGAUUCUCGCAGUGAUGACAAAAAUCGGUGGAACAACCCCGGGUAUCGUUGCUGCCGCCUUUUUGUUCAUAUUCAAUACGUUCUUUGCCAUUGGGUGGCUUGGCAUGACUUGGCUUUACCCAGCUGAAAUCGUACCUCUUCGUAUUCGAGCAAAAGCCAAUGCAUUAUCAACGUCGGCCAACUGGGCUUUCAACUUCAUGGUUGUCAUGAUAACACCAGUAAGCUUCAGCUCGAUCGGCUACAAGACAUACAUAAUCUUUGCCGUCAUCAACGCCUUCAUCCUGCCUGUGGUGUACUUCUUCUACCCAGAAACUGCAUAUCGCUCACUGGAGGAGAUGGACACCAUCUUCCAGAAGACAAAGAACAUUUUCACUGUUGUCUGGACUGCGAAGCAUGAACCUCGUCGUUACGGUAAGAAUGGCGAAGUAUUGAUCGAAUAUGAAGACACCGGAGAACAUCAGCGCCGCGUCAGCAAUGCUGAACGUCGAGGAAGUGUACUCAGCCAGGCGGAUAGCCGCGACUAUAGCGGGGAGAAAGGAGGUCGUCAACUGCGUGAAGAAUACAGGGGUAAUCCAGGUGGUCCGGCACCUGCGGGUGGCCUGUAA